CAAUAACAAAAAAAACCCUACAAAACACAAAUCUCAUCUUCACUCUCACACAUCUCUCUGCAUUUCUAGGUUUUCAUCUUUCUCACCGCCGCACUCUCUCUCUCUCUCUCAACCAACAAUGGCAGAACGCGGUGGUGCAGCUGGAGGUGCAGCUGGAGAACGUGGCGGAUUCGGAAGAGGUUUCGGAGGAAGAGGAGGAGGAGGAAGAGGCGGAGACAGAGGCCGUGGUCGUAGAAGAGCAGGCCGUCGUGAAGAAGAAGAAAAAUGGGUUCCAGUAACAAAACUCGGCCGUCUCGUGAAAGAAGGUAAAAUCCGUAGCCUUGAACAGAUCUAUCUUCAUUCUCUUCCAAUCAAAGAGCAUCAAAUCAUCGACACACUCGUCGGUCCAACAUUGAAAGAUGAAGUGAUGAAAAUCAUGCCGGUUCAGAAACAAACUCGAGCCGGUCAAAGAACCCGGUUCAAAGCAUUUGUUGUAGUUGGUGAUAACAAUGGUCAUGUUGGUUUAGGUGUUAAGUGUAGUAAAGAAGUUGCUACCGCGAUUCGCGGUGCGAUUAUUCUUGCAAAAUUGAGUGUGAUUCCUAUUAGGAGAGGUUAUUGGGGUAAUAAGAUUGGUAAACCACAUACUGUUCCUUGUAAGGUUACUGGUAAAUGUGGUUCUGUUACUGUUAGAAUGGUUCCUGCUCCUAGAGGUAGUGGAAUUGUUGCUGCUAGGGUUCCUAAGAAGGUUUUGCAGUUUGCUGGGAUUGAUGAUGUUUUUACUUCUUCCAGAGGAUCUACUAAGACUCUUGGCAAUUUUGUUAAGGCUACAUUUGAUUGUCUGAUGAAAACCUAUGGUUUCUUGACCCCUGAAUUCUGGAAGGAGACUCGCUUCAGCAGAUCACCAUUCCAAGAGUUCACAGAUCUGUUGGCAAAGCAACCAGGAAAGACCAUAACCUUGGAGGAGGAAAGGGUGGAAGCUUGAAUUUUACCUGUUUUAGUUUUUUUGGAUAAUCUAUGUUGAGCAUGUUAGGAACUAGUGCUUUCAUACUUAUUUGUUUCUGUGGUUUACUUUAUUUUUGAUGGACGGAAUUUCUUUUUAUAUUGCAUUUGGUUGUUUCGACUUUUUAAGUUAUAAUAAUUGAAUGGAUAUUUGCAAGUUUAAAA